AUGCAGGAUACUCCACUAUUCGUCUGUCUAAUCGGCAGGACAAUUCGAUCGGUGCCCCUUAUGGGCGGUCUUUUCUUCAUUAGAUCGCCCCUCAAGGCAUAAAUGCGCCAUUGUUCCCCCCCUCAUGUUGAUUCCCUGCGAUUGAUCGCUUCAUCCCCUCACCGUGACUGCCGCCUAAGCUCAACGAGACGUUAUGGCACCUAUCUGGACCAAAGUUGUUGCGCUGGCCAGCCUUGCGGCCUUUGCUACAGCGGCCGAUCUCCAAUCCUGUCUAGACGCCGCCACUCCCAAGGUUGCCUACGAGGGCGACCCUCUCUACCAGGCUCUCGCGGUGAAGAGAUACAAUUUGGAUAUUAAAGUAUCCCCCGCCGCCGUUACAUUUCCUCAGAAUGCACAGGAAGUUGCCGAGGUGGUACGCUGUGCCUCGGAAAAUGGAGUGGCCGUACAAGCCAAAAGUGGCGGCCAUAGCUAUGCCAAUCAUGGAUUGGGAGGGGAAGACGGCGCGGUGGUCGUCGACCUGAAGAAUCUGCAGCGGUUCAGCAUGGAUACCCAGAGUUGGAAGGCCUCCUUUGGGUCUGGUUUGCUCCUGGGCGACGUCACAAAACAAUUAUCCGAAAAUGGCGGUCGAGCCAUGUCGCAUGGAACGUGCCCCCAAGUGGGCUCCGGCGGGCACUUCACCAUCGGAGGCCUGGGACCAACCUCGCGGCAGUUCGGCGCCGCUCUGGAUCACAUUGUGGAGGUGGAGGUCGUGCUGGCCAACGCGACCAUCGUGCGCGCCUCGGAAAACCAAAACCCGGACGUGUUUUUCGCCGUCAAGGGUGCCGCCUCAGGCUUCGCCAUCGUCACCGAAUUCGUCGUGCGCACCGAGCCGGAACCCGGCCAGGCCGUGCAGUACGCCUACUCCUUUACUUUCGGUGACACUGAGUCGCGCGCGAAGCUCUUCAAGCAAUGGCAGGCCUACGUGGCGCAGCCGGAUCUCACCCGCAAACUGGCGUCGACGCUCACGCUGCUCGAAGGCAGCAUCUUCAUCACCGGCACUUUCUUCGGGUCCAAGUCCGAGUACGAGGCUUUGAAAAUUGAGGAGAACUUCCCGGGUGCCAACAACGCCAGUCUGAUUGUCUUUGAUAAAUGGCUGGGUCUGGUCGCCCACUGGGCCGAAGAGGUCGGCCUCCAGAUCGGUGGCGGCAUCGCGGCCAACUUCUACUCCAAGUCGCGCUCCUUCACGGAGAAAUCGCUCAUGUCGCCCAAGGACAUCGACCGCCUCUUUGAAUUCGUCGACAACACCGACAAGGGCACGGCGCUGUGGUUUGCCAUCUUUGAUUUCCAGGGCGGUGCCAUCAACGAUGUGCCCCAGAAUGCCACGGCGUUUGCCCACCGUGACACCCUCAUCUGGUUGCAGUCGUACGCCAUCAACUUGCUGGGCGAAGUCAAGCAGGAGACUUUCGAUUUUCUUGACCGCUUCAACGAAGUGACUGUAGCUGGUAACGCUGCUAGUGUUCCCUACGAGGCUUAUCCGGGAUACGUCGAUGCCCGACUGGAGCAGCCGCAGCAAGCCUACUGGGGAUCGAACCUCGAUCGUCUCAGGAAGAUCAAGGCGGCCAUCGACCCGGGUAACGUGUUCCGCCACCCCCAGAGUGUACAAGGGGCGAAGUAG